AUGGAGCUGCGGCUGUGGUUCCUUUUCGGGCUCGCAGUGACCUCCGCCGCAGGAUUGGUGCGUCGCCCCCCGCCUGGGGACGCUGGCAGGAGCGGCGAGCCCCGGACCCCCUCUGCCGCCAGAUCGGAGGGGGGCGCGGAGGAGACUGUGGCCACAGCAGCAGAGCGCGGUCCAAGCCCCAGAAGCCCUGGGCAGGAGGAGGGACCUGGUCGGUUUGGGGAGCAGGCGGCCGAGGGGGACCCUGUGCACCACCGAGCCCGGCGCUGUACAUGUUUUACCUACAAGGACAAAGAGUGUGUCUACUAUUGCCACCUGGACAUCAUCUGGAUCAACACUCCUGAACGGACUGUGCCCUAUGGGCUGUCCAACUACAGAGGCAGCUUCCGGGGCAGGAGGUCGGCCGGGACCUUUCCGUGGAGCUCACAGCCGUUGAAGCGGACGCCGCGCUGCGCCUGUGCGGAGAGUGAGGACGCCGCCUGUGUGCAUUUCUGCACCUGGACCCCGGCUGCCCGCGGGAAUUCAAGGACGGCACAAACACCUGACAAAGAAGCAGGAAAGCAGGCCAGCGGUGCUGCCAGGGGCAUGUGUCGGAGGAGCUGUGCUCUAACGGCCACGCUGAGAUUGCUGAGUGUCUGA